AUGUCCCGUGCCCAUGAAAAAUGCAUCCGGGGCCGCAAUGACUCCAAGAGUCACAAGACACUUCAGGCAACCUCAGUAGUGGAUGAUGAGUCCCCCUCCUGUUCCUACUCUGUUUGGGAGGGUAAUUCCCAAGUUCCAUCAGACACUGAGACAAGUAGCACUUCCCAGGGGUCUUGGACAGCCUCAUCUACCACCAUUGCCUCUUCAGGUGUUUUUGACACAAAUUCUGAUCAAAGUGAUGAAAGCCAAGAUGAGGAACAUUCCUUUUCCUCAAAUGCCUUAUCUUCUGUGAACCCAUGCAGUGAGAUUCUAGCUAUAAAGCUGGAAGUGCUGCAGCAAUACCUUCUGUACAAGUAUAAAAUGCAACAGCCCAUUCUGAAGGAAGAGAUGCUCAAGAUCGUAGGUGAAGAUAACCAAGACCACUUUGCUGACAUCCUCCAGAAAGUGUCUGAUUGUAUCGAGGUGGUCUUUGCGGUAGACUUGAAGGAAGUCGACUCAAGCAACCACGCAUAUGAACUUGUCAGCAAACUGAACCUCCCCAAUAAUGGGAGGGUGAAUGUGGGCAGGGGAUUACCCAAGACGGGUCUCUUGAUGAAUAUCCUAGGCCUUAUCUUCAUUAAGGGCAACCGUGCCAGCGAGGAGGAGACGUGGGAAUUCCUGAAUAUGAUGGAAGUGUACGCUGGGAGGAAGCACCACAUCUAUGGGGAGCCCAGGAAGCUCAUUAACACAGAAUUCGUGCAGCUGAAGUACCUGGAGUACCACCAGGUGCCCAACAGCGAUCCUGCACGCUACGAGUUCCUGUGGGGCCCAAGAGCUCAUGCUGAAACAAGCAAGAUGCAAGUCCUGGAAUUUUUGGCCAAGGUUAAUGACACGGUCCCUAGUGCCUUCUCACCUUGGUAUGAAGAGGCUUUGCAAGAUCAAGAGAGAAAACCUACAAAACUAGGACACUGCCUGCAAGAGCCCAGUGACCUCAUUUCCUGGAGGCCAAUACAUCACAGUAACCAUCAGAUUAUGAAUACUGGAAAGGAGGACUUGAUGCAGAGACUCCUCAACCCCUAUUUCAGAAAUAACAUCUAG